AUGUCGACAAUGAUGGAAAUGUCUCUAUUACAAAAAAUUCAAGAGGAAGAAAUGAUGCCUUCGCCAGCAUCAUCAGCUAUUCCUGCUGCUGGGUGUUCGCAAGGUGCCGCAUCUUUCGCACAAGAACGGAUAUGGCUCGAUGAAAAGAUCCAUCACGACCCAUCAAUAUCACCUGCCAUGUAUAACUUUGUUCUACCUUUGAUAAUUAAGCAUGGGUCAAUGUCAAUCGAUCGCAUUCAUUUGGCCAUUGUUGCUGUUCUUGAACAGCAUGAAAUACUUCGAACUGCAAUUUACUUCGAUAAAAAUCGUAACAUGUUGGUCCAAGCGGUGCAGCCUGUGGUCAACAAUGUUGCUUAUUCCUUUGAAAUAACAGCAAACGAUAUACAGAGUCCCGAUGAAAUUGCUGAUCUACUUAGGAAUGAAUCGAUCAAGCAUUUUGCUGAGUUAGAACAGGGUUUAGUUGUUCGUUGUCAUCUAGUUAAGGUGGGCUCUGACGAUGACACGAACAAAUUAUAUCCUCAAGAUUUGAUUAUUUUCAUAUUUCAUGGUAUAGCAUUCGAUUAUAAUUCUAUUAAUCCGUUCCUUGUUGCCUUUACAAAAGCAUACAAUCAGAUGGAAUUGGAUGUUGAAAGCGAAAUGAAAUCGAUAGUCAAGACAAAUGAUGCGGCAUUAAGUUUAUAUACUGAACAACCUUGGCUUCAUGGUAAUGGUAUUGCUUCUCAUGAUAUGAAUUUAAAAAUGAUUCAUAAUCAGUCCAGCCAAACGACUUAUUGUAUUUUUGAAUGUAGCGCUGAUUGUUAUGAUGAAGUGACGGUGUCCAACAUUGGUCGAUAUUUUCAUAAUCUACUUUCACAUAUCUUCACUGAAAAUACGAAAACCAUUGGAUUCGACCCAGCUUUGGAAAAAAUUGGCAAUCUUUCUCUUUUACCAAUGAACGUUGAAACUUUAUUAAACAUCAACGAAUCACUACGACAUUUCUCAGAAAUAAAACCAGCUUCAUAUACUCAACACCAAAUAUGGCAUGAUGAAGAACGUCGUUUGCAUUUGGGUGGACUACAAUUGGCAACACAUAAUAUGGUAUUCUGCUAUCGUCUUUCAGCUGAUCGUACCUUUCAAAUAAACAAACCGAUCUAUGAAUUAUCAUUAACAUUAUCAAAUGAACAAUAUCUAAUGCAAUCAUUAAAUAAUACACAAAUAUCAUUUUCAUCUUCUCCUUUCAUUUGCAUUCAUCAUGAGUUUGUGUAUCAAGUAAUGAAACAUCCACAAAAACUAGCUGUUGAACUAGAUGAACAAUCUCUAACAUAUUGUGAACUUCUAUAUUAUGUUCAAGUAGUAUCUUUAACUCUUCUUAAUGAAUAUCAUGUUUUUCCAGGUGAGAUCGUAUGCCAGUGUGUUGAGCGAAGUUUGACAAUGGUGAUUGGUAUGAUGGGAAUUGAAAUGGCCGGUGGUGUUUAUUGUCCAUUAUCACCUCGAGAUCCACAACAUCGUUUACAUGCACUCACACAACAAACACGAAGUCGUCUUGUUCUUGUUCAUCAUCUAACUAAGACCAAAUUCAACCAUGAUAUUGCGUUACUUGGUAUCGAUUCAAUUUUGACUAAUACAGAGACACACAGUAGAAUUCAUGUGAAUCGACUCUCAGAUGUCGCAGUAAUACCGGAUAAUAUGGCGUACAUCAUCUUCACAAGUGGAUCAACAGGAAUGCCGAAACCGACUCAACUUCGCCAUAGAAAUUUUACUCGAUCAAUACAAUCUUUAGUACAUGUUGAUAUAUUUAACAAAAACGAUAUCAUUGUACAAAUGGCACGAUGUGAACGUUGCUCUGUACAACUUGUUGAGUUAUUAGAAAGUAUUAUAAAUAGCGACUGUUCUAUAUGGAAUUUAUGUGGGCCAGCGGAGACAACUCUUCAGUCUUUAUUUCAUCGAGUGAACUCACAAAUAGACGCAGUGACUAUUCCACUUGGUAGACCACUACCUAAUUAUUCCUGUAUGAUCGAAGAUGAUUUUGGACAGUGUCUCAUUGUUGGCAAAGAAGGAGAGAUCCUAUUGAGAGGAAUUGGCAUCUUUGCAGGUUAUCUUGGACGUGAUGAUUUAACCGCAAGAGCUUUUGUUGAGAUAGAUGGUGAAAUAUUCUAUCGAACAGGUGAUCUUGUUAGAAUGGAUAACAAUGGUCUUCUGCAUUAUCUAGGAAGAAAAGAUCAUCAAAUCAAGCUUCAUGGACAACGUAUUGAACUUGGUGAAAUCGAACGAUGUUUACUUAGCAUUACAUCUAUCUCUGCUUGUGUUGUCAUGAAAUGGAAAGAUGAUUACUUAGUUGCUUAUGUUCAAUCUUCUCAAAUCAAUGAAGGACAACUACGUCAACAUUGUCAGUCUCAUCUCCCUCCACAUAUGAUUCCAUCUUUUUUUAUUAUUCUUGAUAAACUACCUUUGAAUCAAAAUGGAAAAAUAGAUCGAAAACUUCUUCCAUCACCUCACUAUCCAUCGUUAACUAUGCCAUCGGUAAAUGAACUUGAUACACCAGUCGAUCAAGCAGAAAAAAGUGUGUAUGAUAUUUGGUGCCAAGUGCUGGAAUACAAUAGCCGACAUAUAUCAACAACUACGAACUUCUUUACUACUGGAGGUCAUUCUCGUUUGUUUAUUGAGCUUUAUCAUCGCUAUCAAACUAUCUUUGCUUUCGAUAGUCGUAUAUUAUCUAUUAGUCCGUUUCUUGAACAACCAACUAUUCAACAGCAUGCAAAAUUAUUAAAGACAGUCACAACCGAUGAUAUUCGAAGAGAACAAUGGUAUACUCUGCACAUUAAUCGAAGUAUGGCAUCAUUUGCUCAAGAACGUAUAUUUCUGGAUGAACAAAUUCGAUUCUCUAAUAAACAUAUUUUCUAUAAUAAUUUUGUUGCACUACGGGUUACUGAAGGCAUCUUAUCAAUAAAUCGAGUACUACAAGCGCUCCAAUUGGUUUUGACGAAACAUGAAAUAUUGCGUACUUCACUCGUGUUUAAUAAUGAUGAUAGUACACUACAGCAAUAUGUCACUGACAAUCACAAGACAUUUACAUUUCUUGAUCAGCAAACUUUCGAGAAUGACAAUGAACUUCAAAAUAUUAUUUAUCAAACGGUUACCAAUCCUGAUCUGUUUGAUUUGUCCAGUGGUCGAGUUUUUAGUUGUCAGGUACUUCAACAGCAGAAGACUACGCAUGAGACUGUUCACACAGACUUUCUUGAAAAGUCUGAUAUUCUUGUAUUAUAUUUCCAUCAUGCAGCAGUUGAUGGAACUUCUAUACCAAUCCUGUUGAAUGAUUUCUGUAAUGCUUAUAGUAAUAACAUGACAGUUUCACUUGAUGAACAAUCAGUGCAAUAUAUUGAUUAUACUGUUCAUGAACGGCUUAUGGAUAUGACAACAUCUCGUAGCUUCUGGUAUUCUCAACUAGACAGAUUUAAUCUCCAACGUGCAUUAAAGCUACCAGUUGAUAGACAGCGCUCGCCAGCUGUUCAACGAUCUAGUUUGCCGUCAAUAGCUCAAAUCUCUUUUGAUAAGGAGCUGUCGAUGAUGUUUCUCAAUUAUGCUUCCUUGCAUCAAAUUACACCUUUUCAGCUUGGUUUGACUGCAUUUUACGUGUUUCUAUUCAAAUUAACUCAUGGAGAAACUGAUUUAUGCAUUGCAUCUAUUAAUGCUAAUCGAUAUCGAAGUGAAUUAGAAAAUAUGAUCGGCAUGUUUGUUUCAACGUUACCAUAUUGUGUACAACUCAAUUCUCAUUGGUCAUUUGAUGAACUUGUGAAACAUGUUCGAGAAAAGUGCUUAUCAAUUCUUGAACAUUCUCAUUAUCCACUUCAGCAUAUACUUACUGAUUUUCGACUUAAUCAAUUGGAUGUUCCAUUUCUUGAGAUUCUAUUUAAUUUCUUACCGGUGUCUACAAAUAUUGAUCGAUAUUCUAUAGGUGUUGCACGCCUAGAGCAAGUAUCAAUCAAACAAGCAGAUGAGAUUUCUCAGUUUGACUUCUCAACAACAUUCCUAUACGAUUUGACAUCAGAUGAUCAUAAACUUUCCUCACCAGCAUCAUUUGCACAAGCCCGUAUAUGCCUUGAUGAAAGAAUUCGAUUCAAUCCAAACAACCCUCAAACAGCAAUCUUUAAUAUGCCUUUUGUUUAUCGUCUUCACUCACACCAUACUUUAUCAGUACAACAUGUUCGUUAUGCUCUCGAACUAAUUGUCACAAAGCAUCAAUCUCUUCGAACAUCACUUCAUUUUGACAUCCAAAAGAAUCUACUUACACAACGAGUUAUUACACAUGAAGAUAAAAACAAUAAUAAUAUGUUUUCAUUCAUCGAAACUACUUAUGCAACAGAUAAACAACUCAAUAUGAUUUUAUACGAUGAGAUGCGUAACCCUCAUCUUUUUGAUCUUGCUCAAGGUCUUGUCUUUCGAUGUCAUAUUAUUUACUACAAACAAAUCUCUUCAAAUCAUCUUCUUUCUCACAGAGAUAUACUUAUUUUCAAUUUUCAUCAUGCUCUAUUUGAUUUUCCAUCAAUGAAAGUGUUUCUUCAUGAUCUCAAUCAAGCAUAUACAACAAGUCAAUUAUUAUAUGACGACAACAAUAAUCUUCGUUAUCUCGAUUAUGCUGUUAUUGAACAACAAAUGUCAAUGACCGGUGCAAGCAUGUUUUGGCUUGAUGCUCUUCAUGACUGUAAACUAGAUCAACCAUUGUCAUUACCCUUUGAUCGAUAUCGUCUCUCAAAUGAACAUCGAACUGGUCGUGAGAUAUCUAUUUCCUUUAGUUUUGGUCAAGAUCUCUCUCAUGACUUUCUCAUCCAUGCAUCAUCAAACAACAUAUCACUUGAAUAUCUCACAUUUGCUAUUUAUUUCAUCUUUCUAUUUAAACUAACUCAUGGACAAACAGAUCUAUGUAUUGCUAUGAACAUCAAUAAUAAUCGAUAUAGGGAUGAACUCAAAUCAAUCAUUGGAUUGUUUGAGAAUAUCAUUCCAUUACGAUGCCAAUUAGAUCCUCACUGGUGUUUUGAUCAAUUGCUCGAACAUGUUCAAGAGAUAACAAUAAAUAGUAUGAAAUAUUCAUAUUUUCCUGUUCAACGUAUUCUCAAUCAACAUCCACAUAUCUCAAAACAUGCGUUUUUGGAUACAUCUCUUGAGUUUAUAUCAUACAAAAGCAACAAUGACAGCAAUGCAAUGAUGAUUGGUGAUGCUCAACUUGCUCCAGAAUCUUUCUCUUUCAAUAUGAAUGAAGAUGAAAGACUAAUAAUGAAACAUCCACAAAAACUAGCUGUUGAACUAGAUGAACAAUCUCUAACAUAUUGUGAACUUCUAUAUUAUGUUCAAGUAGUAUCUUUAACUCUUCUUAAUGAAUAUCAUGUUUUUCCAGGUGAGAUCGUAUGCCAGUGUGUUGAGCGAAGUUUGACAAUGGUGAUUGGUAUGAUGGGAAUUGAAAUGGCCGGUGGUGUUUAUUGUCCAUUAUCACCUCGAGAUCCACAACAUCGUUUACAUGCACUCACACAACAAACACGAAGUCGUCUUGUUUUUGUUCAUCAUUUAACUAAGGCCAAAUUCGAUGACAAUAUUAUUUCACUUGAUAUUGAUUCAAUAUUAAUUAUUAAUGAUAUGGAUAAAAAAGACCUUUCAAGUGUGAUACUCAAAGACGAAGAGAUAGCGUACAUUAUUUUUACAAGUGGCUCAACUGGAACACCUAAAGCGGUUCAAGUUCGACAUAAGAACUUUAUUGAUUGUAUUAAUUCUUUGACUUAUAUUAACUCAUUCAAUAAAGAUGAUACAGUUGUGCAAAUGACACGAUGUUCAUUUGAUAUUCAUGUUCAAGAAAUACUUGGUACACUGUUAGUUGGAGGCACAUUGAUUAUGCUUCAUCCAGGUGGAACGAUUGAUUUCGAUUAUUUAUCUGAAGUUUUACAAAAUAAACAAAUCACAUAUCUACAUACUGUUCCAAGUUUUCUACAUAGUUUUUUCAUUUUUAUCGUUCAGAACAAGAACAUAAAUGCCGUGAAACAUCUUCGUUCACUUUGUAGUAUUGGUGAAGCUUUUGUUGUUCAUUUGAUCGAAUUGAUCGUCAAAAUUGGCAUAACCAACUGUAUUGUGUGGAAUUUGUACGGUCCAGCUGAAACAACUAUAGUUUCUACCUUCUAUAGAGUAGACCUAAUGGGGAAUACACGAAGCGUUUCAGUUGGGACAUCACUUUCUAAUUACCGAUGUAUAAUUAUGAAUGAAUAUUCAGAACUAUCAAUUACAAAUCAAGAAGGUGAACUGUGUGUAGGAGGAGCAGGUGUGUUUGCUGGUUAUCUUGGUUGUGAUGAUUUGUCAGCGAAAGCUCUUCUUCAAAUAGAUGGCCAACUAUUUUAUCGAACAGGUGAUCUUGUUACUAUGGACAGCGAUGGUCUUCUGCAUUAUCAAGGAAGAAAAGACCAUCAAAUCAAGCUUCAUGGACAAAGAAUUGAACUUGGUGAAAUCGAACGAUGCUUACUUAACAUUACAUCUAUCUCUGCUUGUGUUGUUAUGAAAUGGAAUAAUGAUCAUCUAGUUGCUUAUGUUCAAUCUUCUUCUCAUAUGAAUGAAGAACAACUACGUGAACAUUGUCAAUCUCAUCUUCCGCCACAUAUGAUUCCAUCUUUUUUUAUUAUUCUUGAUAAAUUACCUUUGAAUCAAAAUGGAAAAGUAGAUCGAAAGCAACUUCCUUCACCUCACUUCUCAUCUAAACAUCUCACAAACAAUAUAGAACUAGUACUACCAACAAAUGAUAUUGAAAUUAGUAUUCAUCGUAUUUGGUGUGAGAUAUUUAAACAAAAUCAAAUUUCAAUUGAUACAAAUGUGUUCACUAUUGGUGGUCAUUCAUUACUUAUCAUGCAACUUUUCCAUCGAUACAAAAUCGAAUUUCAUUUAGAAGCCAAUACUCUUUCUAUCUCCAAUCUAUUUCAACAUCCAACAAUUAUUCAUCAUGCUCAACUCAUUCAACAAUUUAUCAAUACCAUCCAUACCCUCGAUGAUUAUCCUUGGUCUUCCUUACAUAUCGUUCGAGCUAGAGCAUCAUUUGCGCAAGAACGAAUCUAUUUAGAUGAACAAAUUCGGUUUUCAUCCAACAAAGCCACCAUGAAGAAUAUGUAUGUUAUUCCAUUACUUUAUCGGAUAUCAUCUAUGAAUGAGCAUAUAUCAAUUACUCGAUUACAUCAUGCAUUUCAAAGUGUUAUUACAAAACAUAAUAUUCUUCGAACAGCACUUUAUAUCGACGAUACCAAUAAUAAUAUCACACAACAGUGUUUAGAUGCAAAUAUCAUUCUGGAUGGUGACAUAAAAUCAUAUGGAUUCACAAUCGUUAAUAUCCAUAAUGAUGAUCAUCGUCAUAUGAAUGAAAGUAUAGAAGAAAUAUUAAAUCAAGCUGAUUUAUUUGAUUUAUCAAAAGGACAUGUUAUUCGCUUUCAUAUUCUUCGUCAUUAUCAUCAAUCUCAAGAUAAUAGUUCGCGUGAGAGCGAUGAUCUGCUGACUGAAAAUGAUCACAUAAUGAUUAGUAUUCAUCAUGCAAUGUUUGAUGGAGCAUCAACAUCAAUCUUCCUUCGUGAUCUUUCUCUUGCUUAUCAAUCUCAUGACUCAUUAUCUAUGGAUGAAAAUGCAUUAAAUUAUAUAAAUUAUUCUGUUCAUGAACAUGUCAUGGAUAUGUCAUUAUCUCGUGAGUUCUGGCAUUCUCAACUUGAAGAAUAUAAUAUCGAAUGUUCAUUAUCACUACCAGUUGAUCGACAACGUUCAUCAACUAAUCAACAACGAUCAGGCUUAGCAUCCACAGCUGAGAUCACUUUUGAUAAUGAACUAUGCACAUCAUUUCUAAACUAUGCAUCAUCACAUCAUCUCACACUUUUUCAACUUGGAUUAUCCAUAUUUUAUGUCUUCCUAUUCAAACUAACUCAUGGUGAGACUGAUUUAUGUAUUUCUUCUAUCAAUGCUAAUCGAUAUCGAAGUGAAUUAGUGAAAAUGAUAGGAAUGUUUGUUUCGACAUUGCCAUAUCGUUUAGAAAUUGAUUGUCAUUGGUCAUUUGAUGAAGUAGUUAAACAUGUACGAGAAAAAUGCUUAUCAAUUCUUGAACAUUCUCAUUAUCCACUACAACAUAUUCUUGGUGAUAAUCGAUCAAGUCAAUCGAAUGUGUCAUUUCUUGAGACAAUGUUUGAUUUUAUCACUAGAGCAGAAGAUGUUAGUCGAUUACGUUUGAAUGGUGUCAAUCUGGAGCAAGUGUCGUUAAACGAAUCAUAUGAAAUGGCUAAAUUUGACUUCUCAUUAACAUUUGUAUACAAUUCAUCUUCAGAUGAUAAUCAGUUGUCUUUUUCUUUUGUUUGUUCACAUGAUUUGUUUCAAAGCUCAACUAUUUCACAAAUGGCUCGAAGAUUUCAAUGCAUGUUUGAACAACUGUUUCAAACACAAUCAAGCAACAUUCCUGUGAUGAAUGUGAGUUCAUCGAUUAACAAAGUGUGUCUUAUUCUUCCUGAAGAAACUGAAGAAACGGAACUAGUCGUGUUUCAUCGAUUGAAGAGUAUUGUGAAUGAAGGUAUGAUUAUUUAG